AUGCUAAGAACCAACCAGUUAAGAUUCGCUGGCAGACUUUUCAGCAGUGCUGCUACCAGAGGGAUGCCAGCUGGACUUGACUCGAGCAAACUACAGAUUCAGACGAACUCGAAGCCUUCGAGUCCAAAAGCUAACAAUGAAUUGGUUUUCGGCCAGAGUUUCACAGACCAUAUGUUGACCGUUGAGUGGACGGAAAAAGACGGUUGGGCCGCACCUAAGAUCCAGCCAUAUGGGAACUUGAGUUUGGACCCUUCAAGCGCUGUUUUCCACUACGGGUUCGAGCUGUUCGAAGGUCUAAAAGCUUACAGAACUCUGGACAACAAAAUCACCAUGUUCAGACCAGACAUGAACAUGGCCCGUCUCAACAAGUCGGCAGCUCGUAUUUGCUUGCCCACCGUUGACGGGGAAGAGGUGAUCAAGCUAAUGGGCAAACUUAUCGAACAGGACAAGCAUUUGGUGCCCGAAGGCCAGGGCUACGCCUUGUAUCUCAGACCAACGAUGAUCGGUACCACAGCAGCGUUGGGUGUUUCGUCACCAGACAAAGCUCUACUUUUCGUCAUUGCUUCCCCCGUGGGACCUUACUACAAGACUGGAUUCAAAGCCGUGAAGCUGGAAGCCACUGACUAUGCCACCAGAGCAUGGCCCGGUGGUUGUGGUGACAAAAAACUUGGUGCCAACUAUGCACCAUGCGUGCUACCUCAGAAACAGGCAGCCGAGAGAGGUUACCAGCAAAAUCUGUGGUUGUUCGGUCCAGAGAAAUACAUCACCGAAGUGGGUACAAUGAAUGUGUUCUUCGUGUUCAAGGACGCCAAGACCGGUAAGAAAGAGUUAGUCACCGCCCCUCUAGACGGUACCAUCUUGGAAGGUGUCACCAGAGACUCCAUUUUGUCGCUCGCCAGAGAGAGACUGAACCCUGAGGAGUGGACUGUCUCUGAACGUUACUACAGCAUCCAUGAAGUCGAGCAAAAGGCCGCUAAUGGCGAAUUGGUUGAAGCCUUUGGUGCAGGCACUGCAGCUGUUGUGUCUCCGAUCAAGGAAAUUGGCUGGAACGGCAAAGACAUCAACGUUCCUCUGCAACCCGGCAAACAAGCCGGUGCUUUGACUGAAGACGUGGCAAGCUGGAUAGCCGAUAUUCAAUAUGGCAGGGUCAAGCGUGGCAACUGGUCUCGCGAGGUCACGGGCCCUCUGUGA